AUGGCACCACCUACCGCCGAAAGCGCUUCCCCCAUCGGAAUUGCGAAUUUACCAAAUCAAAGACACAAGAUUGUCGCAAAGAGAGGUGCUGCCUUCACUAUUAUGGUUGCUGGCGAAUCUGGACUAGGAAAAACAACCUUCAUUAAUACCCUUUUCUCUACCACAAUCAAAAACUAUGCCGAUCACAAACGCAGACACGCAAAGCAAGUGGAUAAAACUGUUGAGAUUGAAAUCACAAAGGCUGAAUUAGAAGAGAAAUUCUUCAAGGUUCGUUUGACUGUUAUUGAUACACCUGGUUUUGGAGAUUAUGUCAACAAUCGCGACUCCUGGAUGCCAAUUAUUGAGUUUUUGGACGAUCAACAUGAAUCCUACAUGUUGCAAGAGCAACAACCUCGCCGUGUUGAUAAGAUCGAUUUACGUGUACAUGCUUGCUUGUACUUCAUCCGACCUACUGGCCACACACUAAAGCCCCUCGACAUUGAGGUUAUGAAGAGACUCAGUUCAAGAGUAAACUUGAUCCCAGUAGUUGCUAAGGCCGAUACCUUAAGCCCGGCUGAUUUGGCCCGUUAUAAGCAAAAGAUCCAAGCUGUCAUUGAAGCACAAGGUAUCAAGAUCUACACACCACCUAUCGAGGAAGAUGAUGAAGCUGCUGCUCAGCAUGCACGAAGUUUGAUGGCUGCUAUGCCAUUUGCAGUCAUUGGCUCAGAGAAGGAUGUCAAGACUAGUGAUGGACGUAUCGUUAAGGGUCGUCAAUACGCAUGGGGUGUUGCUGAAGUUGAGAACGAAGACCAUUGCGAUUUCAAGAAGUUGAGAUCUAUUCUCAUCCGAACACACAUGCUCGAUCUCAUCCACACUACCGAAGAAGCACACUACGAGGCUUACCGCGCCCAACAAAUGGAAACUCGCAAAUUCGGUGAAGCUAGACCUAGGAAGCUUGAUAACCCCAAAUUUAAGGAAGAGGAAGAGAGCUUAAGAAAGCGUUUCACCGAGCAGGUCAAGAUUGAGGAGCACCGUUUCAGACAAUGGGAGCAGAAGCUCAUCAGUGAGCGUGACCGUUUGAACAAGGAUUUGGAGAGUACACAUGCUGCCAUCAAGUCCCUAGAACAAGAACUUGAACAAAUGCAAGGCAAUGCCGCAACUCGCAGUCACGGUCGUCGUUAA